AUGGCCGAUCGCCCAGUAAGGCAGUUUAUGGAUGAUCCUAACAUCAAAUGGCGCACCCAAAAACCCGAUUACACUAAAGCCGACAAGGAGUUUCUAUCCGGGGUCACCAAACGUCAUCCAAAAGGUUCACUUGAACGGACAGUUGAAGAUCUCGUCAAAACAUGGGAGAUGGAAGCUUCGCAUAAAGUUGAUCUGAAGGAUUGGGGAUCAGUCGACCAAAACUGUUUCACCAUGGGCGUCAACAAUCAAGUGCAUUACACUGGCCAUGAUGUUGCCCAGCGUGGCUCAUACAACUUGUUGAUAACCAACACGCCACUGUACGAUGCCUCCUCGGAGACUCUUGAGUCAUCUCACAAGCUUUUUAAAACGGCUUUCAACAACGGUUUUUCAUGGGAGGUGCUGGAAGUAUUCUCAGAUCCCCCCCGUAUGGCUUUCACGUGGCGUCACUGGGCCCGCUGGACUGGUCCGUACCGUGACCACCCCCCCUCAGGUGAAUUGCUUCAGAUGUUUGGAAGUGCUGUUGUAGAAGUUGACGGGAAUCUCAAGAUCAAGUCCAUUAAUUUGUAUUACGAUCCUAACCAGAUAUUGGCAAAGCUUGAGGGAAAGAGGGUCGCCGCAUUCAAUGCAGGAGAACAGAGUACACAGCGACACAGCGAGAACAAGUUCAAUGAGUACCGCUGGAUACUCACUGUCGUUUCAUCGUGGGUCUUCUUUUACCACCAAGGACCAGGACAAUGCGCAUGGACGCAUGGUGGUUUAAGGACUGCGACGAUUGCCACCUGA